AUGGACGAUUCUGCUAGGCCUUUGAGAAUACUCUCACUUGAUGGAGGAGGCAUACGCGGUCUUUCAAGUCUUUACAUACUCCAAAAUCUGAUGGAUAAAAUCAGUCAUCUCGAGGGAAGAGAUGGUAUUAAACCUUACGAAUACUUCGAUGUGAUAGUUGGCACAUCAACAGGAGGGCUGAUUGCUGUUAUGCUGGGCAUGCUUCACAUGGAUAUCCCUGCGUGUAUAAGCCAGUAUACAGAAAUAGCUCCAAAUAUCUUUCCACGAGACAAGUUCGCUUCAGGUCUCCGUUUCACAAGGGAACGCCACAUGUUUGACCCAGAGCCAUUUGCCAAAGUCGUCAAACAACUGGUUAGGUUGCAUCUAAACAAAGGGAACGACGUUGUAAUGAAAUAUGACAAAGAGCAUGUGUCCAAAGUGGCUUUAUGCGUCAACCGCCAAGACCCAAAAAAACUCCAACACUGUCGUCUAAGGAGCUACUCCGGGGAUGAUGACAGCAUUAACUGUCAAAUUUGGGAAGCCUGCCUCGCGACAAGUGCCGCUCCUUUUAUGUUCCCACCAGUUAAUCUGGGUGUUCCACCCAGGAGCUAUAUCGACGGUGGACUGGGAUACAAUCAUCCUAUCAUUGCCGCCUAUAAUGAGGCGUCUAUAAUGGGUAAAAACAUAGGCUGCUUACGCCCGAACAUCUUAGUAGUGGCGAUUCAAGAGGGGUACCUAUCGUUUCCGACGGAGAAAAAGGAUAAGGCUGCGAAUGUGCUACAGGAUAUGGAGCUAGCCGGGGAAGUAAUUGCAGCUGGAACAGUUCAAAAGCUGGGGUAUCUCGACUCCUUGGGCACGAGUGAGGAAGCAACAGCGGCCGAAAAGGAUAGAAACUUCGAGUCUAAGCUUUUACGGUUAAGCGGCCAGUAUGAUGAUGCUAUGUUGUCGCAAGAAGAGGUCCGUCAGAUUGUAGACCAGAGUCCGCUCUUCGCAAAUUUUCAGAGUGAUGUCGCCCACGAUUUGAGUUAUAUGCAAAAGGAAACAUCUGCAAUGAAUGAGAUUAAGGUACAAAGUUACAACACGGUCAAAUCCAAUCUGUUCCACGACAAAACCUGCCGCUCUUCACUUGAAGAUACCAAACAUCUAGCAAAGGAUGGAGCUCUCAGGUUUUGGAGCGCUCAAAUUCUGCCUGUUGAACAUAUCUAUGGAGAGACAGAUCCUACAACCAUUUCGCAAAAACAAAAACCCGUCUCGUUGAGCCAACAUCUUAAGAAUAAUCCGUCUGAGAAUCUCCUCGGCGUUGGUGAUGCCCAAGAGGAAUACCAUGUUGCAACUACACGACUUGAAGAGCUAGCAAGCCAUCCACUAUUGGAGAAGCUGAGAGCAGACUUAACCAAUGUGUCCAAGUGA